UGGGUGGGUGGAAUGUUCCAGAAUUGGGCGGCUGAGGAAUCGCCUCUUGGUUGUGUGUUGCCUUGCAGUUACACGAAACAAAAUCGACCGACCGUCUCGCUUAAGUCUAAAGCAGAAGUAGUCGCACGUGGAAUGGCUAUAUCCGCAUAGCAUGCGCCUAGUAGCAUAUAGUAGCAAUUUCUAACCGACGUCUGUAAAGAGUAUUUUUUCGCAGUGGUCAACUCAUUGCUUGUUCGGAAGACAGUGAAAGAGUAGAUAAUAUACGGAAAAUGGACGGCGGCGUAACAGUAAUCACCAACCCCACUGUAUCGGUGCGGCUCACUAGCACACUUAAUUCGUUCGAGGUAAAUCGACGAUUCAACAGAGGCAUGACUAUCGCUGAGUUCAAGAGCAAAUUAGAACUGGUGACUGGUACCCCAGCUUCUUGCAUGGACCUCCAGCUGUUCAGUGUCUCGGACAAGUUCUUGCAGAAGCUGGAUGACAACGAGGCCCUGUUAGGCUCUUACGCUGUGGAUGAUGACUGCAGGAUCCAUGUGAUUGACCGGAGUGGUGCCCAGACUGGCGAGUUCACUGACUUGUCAAAGGUGGAGAAGUAUGAAAUGGCUGAAGAUGCCUAUGAUAAAAGAACAGACUCGGCACGUUCCUUCUUGAAGAAGAAAAAGGUGGGGCGUUUCAAUGAAGAGGAGUCGUCGCGACGGGAGGCGGAGCAGGCGAAGCGCGAGGAGGAGGAGAAAACCGCUUCGGCUGCUAUCGCCGUCGGCAGCCGCUGCCAGGUGCAUGUUGCUGGGCAACCAACCAAGAUCGGCACUGUGAUGUUUGUCGGGACUGCAGAGUUCAAGCCAGGUUACUGGGUGGGCGUGAAGUACGAUGAGCCACUAGGCAAGAAUGAUGGCAGUGUCAGUGGGAAACGCUAUUUUGAAUGUCAGGCCAAAUAUGGGGCCUUCGUGAAGCCGACGGCGGUGACAGUGGGAGAUUUUCCUGAAGAAGACUAUGGUCUGGAUGAGAUGUAAGACUGGUCAAGCCAAGCAUCAGAAAGAACGGACACAACGGGAACCUGCCUGAGGGGCCUGGUUUGACCGGAAGCCGCUUCCAGCUGAUGUUUUUUGUCGUUACCAUUGUCUUUGUUUUGUUUAAGAUAGUAGUGGAGAUCUUGGUUCUGUCUUCUGAAAUCUAACAUGCUUCUGUCAACUGUAGUCUGCGCAGAAGGCAACAGUCAUAACUCCAUCAUUUUAUAAUGACAGUCACAGUUCUAAUCAAAGAUUAGAUGUAAACAUUGAUGUGUGUAGUCCACCGGUUAUGUGGUUUGGCUUUAUUCAGUAUUAACGUCUAGAUGACGGGAGGAUAUUGGCUUGAUAAGAAAGUGGAGCUACAGCAGGUGGAUGCCCAAACCACAUUUUUUUUUAUCAGCAGUACCGAUCUAGUCAGCGUUUUGUGAAAACUUCUUGCUCAGCAUGUUUCAGACCUUAUCUUUUGGCUGAUCAGCUGUUUUUGUUCUCAACAUAACCAUUUUUUGCUGCAUAAUAGUCGAAUAAUUAAUUGAAUUUGGGUGGUUCUGUGUCACUUGUCACGGGGAAUGAAGAAACGGUUUUUGGCCAUAAUUAUUUUUGUAUUUGAAUCAGUUGUCGGAUUAAAGCUUUGAAUACACUA